GGCCGCCGCCGAGCCGAGUCCGAGCCGCGCACGGGACCGGGACGCAGCGGAGCCCGCGGGCCCCGCGUUCAUGCACCGCCUGCUGGCCUGGGACGCAGCAUGCCUCCCGCCGCCGCCCGCCGCCUUUAGACCCAUGGAAGUGGCCAACUUCUACUACGAGCCCGACUGCCUGGCCUACGGGGCCAAGGCGGCCCGCGCCGCGCCGCGCGCCCCCGCCGCCGAGCCGGCCAUCGGCGAGCACGAGCGCGCCAUCGACUUCAGCCCCUACCUGGAGCCGCUCGCGCCCGCCGCGGACUUCGCUGCGCCCGCGCCCGCGCCCGCGCACCACGACUUCCUUUCCGACCUCUUCGCCGACGACUACGGCGCCAAGCCGGCUAAGAAGCCGGCCGACUACAGUUACGUGAGCCUCGGGCGCGCGGGCGCCAAGGCCGCGCCGCCCGCCUGCUUCCCGCCGCCGCCUCCCGCCGCGCUUAAGGCGGAGCCGGGCUUCGAACCCGCGGACUGCAAGCGCGCGGACGACGCGCCCGCCAUGGCGGCCGGGUUCCCGUUCGCCCUGCGCGCCUACCUGGGCUACCAGGCGACGCCGAGCGGCAGCAGCGGCAGCCUGUCCACGUCGUCGUCGUCCAGCCCGCCCGGCACGCCGAGCCCCGCCGACGCCAAGGCCGCGCCCGCCGCCUGCUUCGCGGGGCCGCCGGCCGCGCCCGCCAAGGCCAAGGCCAAGAAGGCAGUGGACAAGCUUAGCGACGAGUACAAGAUGCGGCGCGAGCGCAACAACAUCGCGGUGCGCAAAAGCCGCGACAAGGCCAAGAUGCGCAACCUGGAGACGCAGCACAAGGUGCUGGAGCUGACGGCCGAGAACGAGCGGCUGCAGAAGAAGGUGGAGCAGCUGUCGCGAGAGCUCAGCACCCUGCGGAACUUGUUCAAGCAGCUGCCCGAGCCGCUGCUGGCCUCGGCGGGUCACUGCUAGCGCGCCGGGGGGGUGCCGUGGGGGGCGCCGCCGCGGCCACCGUGGGCACCGUGCGCCCUGCCCCGCGCGCGCCUGCUCCGCGCGCACCGAGGGCCCCGUGCGUGCCCCGCGCGCACCUGCACCUGCACCGAGGGGACACCGUGGGCACCGCGCGCACGCACCUGCACCGCGCACCCGGUUUCAGGACUUGAUGCAAUCCGGAUCAAACGUGGCUGAGCGCGUGUGGACACGGGACUGACGCAACACACGUGUAACUGUCAGCCGGGCCCUGAGUAAUCACUUAAAGAUGUUCCUGCGGGGUUGUUGCUGUUGAUGUUUUUGGUUUUUUUCGUUUUUGUUUUUUCUUUUUGGUCUUAUUAUUUUUUUGUAUUAUAAAAAAGUUCUAUUUCUAUGAGAAAAGAGGCGUAUGUAUAUUUUGAGAACCUUUUCCGUUUCGAGCAUUAAAGUGAAGACAUUUUAAUAAA